CCAAACAUUUGUCCAGAGUUUGGCAGACAGCGCGCGCCAGUCAACCGGUAAAGAAUUGUUUCACAAUGAGCCAAAUCUGUGACCUGCACUUGGAGCGGCCCAGUGGGGUCUAUUAUGCCGGCGAGACGGUCAACGGUCAAAUCUAUUUAACCCUGCCGGAGCGGGCACUAAUCAAAGCUAUCGCCCUGGAAUCGAAUGGCUAUGCGUGCAGCUCCUGGCUGAAGCCGCAAAAGCAAAAAAAACAAAAGUCCAGGGGCAAGCCACAGGUGCUCAAGCCGCCCAUUGCUUUUGGCCAGCGUGUGGAUUACUUUGCCAAGGUGGAUUACUUUGUUGGCUCGGAGGCAGCGCUGCCGCAGCUGAUGGCAGCGGGCGCCUAUAGAUACGAUUUCAGUGUGCAGCUGCCGCAGAGCUGCCCCAGCAGCUAUGAAGGCGCACAUGGACACAUACGCUACACGCUCCAGCUAAGCUUGCAACGCAGUGCGGAGCUGCCACCGGAGCCGGCUUUGACACUCCGAUUGCAGCUGCUGCAGCGCUGUGAGUUGAAUCAGCAGCCAGGCCAGCUGCUGACACCCUGCGAGGUUACCGCCUUGGAGCAGACACCCUCGCUCAAGUUCUGGCAGCGACCGCUGCAACUGCAGCUGGACAUUCCCCGUACUGGCUACGAGCCGGGCAUGGGCAUCUCGGUGCACGUGCGGCUGCACAAUGCGCAGCAGCUGCCCCUAAAGGCCAUCAUCUACAAGCUGAAUCUGGUCAGUACGCAUGUCGGCUGGCAGCAGGACAAGCCGAAGCAUGUGGCCAGCCAGGUGGAACGUCGCUAUCUAGUCAGCAGCAGCCAUCAGCUGAACACUUGUCCACGCAACGAGCUGCUCAAUUUUCAGCAUUUGCACACGUUGCAAGUGCCACAGACCCCGCCCUCACUGAGCGCCGCCGCCUGCGCCUGCCUACAGCUCAGCUACGAGGUGGAAGUCCUCGUGCAGACCAAUCUUCCAGAUCGUUUUAUUGCGGCCCAACUGCCGAUUAUUAUUUACCAGACGCCGACCAUGCAGGCGGGCCUUAAGCAGGAUCCGGGCACGUCUCGUUCUCUGGGCGAGCUACAGGCAGUGGGCGUAGCCGGCGCAUCCACUCGAACGCCCGAAGCUGGCAACUUUGCCACAGCUGCGCCCAAUUUAAGCGCCUCCAUGAGCUCUCUGGCUUCCAAGUUCCGUGAAGCCGAAUUCAUGGUGGCCACCAAUCUGAACAGGGAUAAACACGCCAUGUCCGGGGAACAGAUUGAUUUCAGACCACGGUAUCUGUACUACGAAAUGGAUCAUGCUGAAACCGAAAAAGUGCUCUAAAGAGCAUGCAAAUAUAUUUAUGUAAUAUUAUUCUA